CCUGUUUCGCUGCGGCGUGAAGCUGUCAGUGGACUGAGAAAUGGCUCUCGGCAGAGUCCAAUCUGCCUAGGUGAACACACAAGCGGCACAUCGGGGGGACAUAAAAAAAAAAGAAAAAGAAAAAAAAAAAACCCACUGCGAACUUUGGCGAGGGGUAGCUGACUCGUGGUAAUCAUGGGACACAGUGUGGGAUAAGGAUCUGGAGGGCUUCGCACAUACCUACUGCUUCCAUCUCUGUGUAUGACAUGGCCACAGCCUCGUCCAGAGCUGACUGUAGUAAUAACCACGGAAGGACGUCACAGCUACGUGCCAUCGUUUCAUGUGCCAAGAUCAAGCGGAAGAAGAACUGGUUCGGGACGGCCAUUUAUGUGGAGGUGACAGCUGAGGGCGAGAGCAGGAAGACGGUCAAGUCCCACAGCUCCUCCAGCCCAAAGUGGGAGGAGCACCUUACCCUGAAUGUAACACCACGCACGCAGCUGGAGUUUAAAGUAUGGAGUCAUCACACUCUGAAGGCAGACGCUCUGCUGGGGAAAGCCACACUAGAUCUGCGACAGGCCCUCGAGCAACACAACAGGAAACUUGAGAACGUGAAGGAGGUGCUGAAGUUGACUCUGGAGAAUAAGAACGGCGUAGUGGCCACUGGAGAACUCACAGUCAUUCUAGAUGGCCUUACCGCCGACCAGGAGCCCCUGCGCAAUGGCAACACAACCACUACGACCAAAGCUCAGCAUAAUGGAGACGCUGUCCACGAGAUCGGGGAGGAAAGCACGACCCGAAACCAGAGCAGCUCAGUGAAUGAUGGCACGAAUGGAGUGGACUGCGAGGCCCCAUCCACUUCUUCUGGCAACAGUGAUGGCAGCACCGCCCCCGUCGUCAAUUGCAACGGCGAGUCCACGCCUACACGGCAGACAGACAGCCCAAAGGCCACUCCCACCCCAAAGUGCACUGACAGGGACGCGGCCGGUUCGACUGUUAAUGGAGAGAAUUCCACUGCUGCUGUCUCCUCAGGGGAGGACGUAGUGCCUCCUUCUGGUGAGAGUGAGGAGGGAAGCGAGGUUGCUUCUGCUGGUAUCUCCGCUCCGGCCUCCUCCUCGUCUCCGCGCCAGCCUGCCUCCAGCUCACAGGCCGCCAAUGCCGCUCCUGCUGCUAGCUCCUCUUCAUCCUCUUCCUCAUCCGCACCCAGCCAAGCGCCGGCCGGCGCUUCCGCCACCUCCGCGGCAGAGGUCGCUGCGGGCGACAGCACAGCUGACGGAGGCAAACCCCGCCAGCAGGCCCCCAACGCAAGCACAUCAGACCCUCUGCCUCCAGGGUGGGAACAGAGAAAGGAUCCACAUGGCAGGACAUACUAUGUCGAUCACAAUACCAGAACAACCACGUGGGAAAGACCACAGCCUCUGCCCCCAGGCUGGGAGAGGCGAGUUGACGACCGGGGCCGGAUCUACUAUGUGGACCACAACACCCGAACCACCACUUGGCAGAGACCCACCAUGGAGUCAGUACGUAACUAUGAGCAGUGGCAGUCCCAGCGCAGCCAGCUGCAGGGAGCUAUGCACCAGUUCAACCAGCGAUACCUCUACUCGGCUUCGAUGAUGUCUGCAGAAAACGACCCUCUGGGGCCACUACCUCCUGGUUGGGAGCGGCGAGUGGAUUCAAAUGAUCGGGUGUACUUUGUCAAUCACAAUACUAAGACCACCCAAUGGGAAGACCCCCGCACACAAGGGCUGCAGAAUGAGGACCCUCUGCCGGAAGGCUGGGAAAUCCGCUACACCCGAGAGGGCGUGCGCUACUUUGUGGAUCACAACACCCGCACCACCACGUUCAGUGAUCCGAGGACUGGCAAGUCCUCUGUCACCAAAGGGCCCCAGAUAGCGUAUGAGCGCAGCUUCAGAUGGAAACUAGCUCACUUUCGUUACCUGUGCCAGUCCAAUGCACUACCCAGCCACGUUAAGAUCACCGUGUCUCGGCAAACGUUGUUUGAAGACUCUUUCCAGCAGAUAAUGGCUCUGAAGCCGUAUGACCUUAGGAGAAGGCUUUACGUCAUAUUUCGGGGAGAGGAGGGCCUGGACUAUGGAGGCCUUGCCAGGGAGUGGUUUUUCCUCCUCUCUCACGAAGUCCUGAACCCCAUGUACUGUCUGUUUGAGUAUGCUGGCAAGAGCAACUACUGUCUGCAGAUAAACCCCGCCUCCACCAUCAACCCAGACCACCUCUCCUACUUCUGCUUCAUAGGUCGCUUCAUUGCCAUGGCUCUCUUCCAUGGCAAGUUCAUCGACACUGGCUUCUCUCUGCCAUUCUAUAAGCGCAUGCUCAAUAAGAAGCUCAUCCUGAAAGACUUGGAGUCCAUUGAUCCAGAGUUCUACAACUCUCUGAUCUGGAUCCGGGACAACAACAUUGAGGAGUGCAGUUUGGAAAUGUAUUUUUCUGUUGACAUGGAGAUCCUGGGCAAAAUCACCUCGCACGACCUAAAACCAGAUGGUGCUAACAUCCUGGUGACUGAGGAGAACAAAGAGGAGUAUAUUGGGCUGAUGGCAGAAUGGCGGUUCUCACGAGGGGUUGAAGGGCAGACCAAAGCAUUUCUAGACGGCUUCAAUGAGGUGGUUCCCCUGCAGUGGUUGCAGUAUUUUGAUGAAAAGGAGCUGGAGGUGAUGCUUUGUGGAAUGCAAGAGGUGGAUCUGCAGGACUGGCAGAGGAACACUGUGUAUCGCCACUAUACGAGGAACAGCAAACAGAUCAUGUGGUUCUGGCAGUUUGUGAAGGAGGUGGACAACGAGGUUCGUUUACGAUUGCUGCAGUUUGUAACGGGCACCUGCAGGCUGCCUUUGGGGGGCUUCGCCGAGCUCAUGGGGAGUAAUGGACCGCAGAAAUUCUGUAUUGAGAAAGUUGGCAAGGAUACUUGGCUGCCCCGGAGUCAUACAUGCUUUAACCGGUUAGACUUGCCACCCUACAAAAGCUUUGAACAGCUGAAAGAGAAGCUGCUUUUUGCAAUCGAGGAAACGGAAGGAUUUGGCCAAGAGUAGAGAACGGGGCCUCUCUACUGCAUUUUGUCCAGCCAAGUUGGGGGGGGGGACACACACACAAAAAAGGAAAAUUGCACAGAUAACUACCAAUGUACAUAAGCUAUUUUGUCAUUUUAAACCAAAUCUUAAUCCAAAACCUCAUUUAGCAAUCUCGAUAACAUUAUUGCCCAUGAUUAUGCAAGCAUUUCAGCUUUUUUUCUUAUCUCUUAAAAGCAGAAAUCUAAAUACAAUAAUAGUCUUUUCCUUUUGGCUGUUUUUUAAAAGGGGAUUGACAAAAAAAUCUGAGAGGAUUUUAUAAUGAAACCAUACCUACAGCUCUAGUUUUAUAGAGCUCUUAGAGUGAUUGUAGUGUUCAGUCUGGUGCCUGGGUUUUCUCUCUUCUGUUUUGGGAUGUUUAGUUGUGAUUGUGCUGCGCUUGCAUGGCUGUCUCCAGAGCAGAUCAAACCACCCACCCUCCAACGCAGCAGAGCACACCAUGCACCAUCUCCAUCCUCCCAGAUCAAACCUCCAACACCGCACACCAUGCACCAUCUCCGUCCUCCCGGAUCAAACCUCCAACCCAGCACAGCACACCAUGCACCAUCUCCGUCCUCCCAGAUCAAACCUCCAAUCCAG